AUGCUACAACGGAUGAAGCAAUUCGCUGAAACUGCCAGUCACCCUGGCUUGUGUUUUACCCGCCUUGCUACCGACAUCUUUGAGCUUCAUACUUCUUCCGGAAGGCAUUUUUGUAUCGCGUCCAAAGCCCAGGGCCAUAGCCUGCGCACGCUACAAACAUCUUUUCCUAACGCAAGGGUGCCGAAACUCGUAGUCCGGUCUUUGGUGCAUCGGCUAUUCUUCGCUAUAAAUUGGCUGCAUGCAACCUGCAAUCUUAUCCAUACAGAUAUUUCCCCUCAAAAUGUCCUAACUGAGGUCGGGGAUAAUAGUAGUUUCAAGGACAUCGAAGAUCAAGAAUUGCAAGAUCCUAGCAUCCCGAUCAUUAGUGACUCUGGCGUCCCUAUCUACCCGUCCCGGGAGCCUUUUCUAGAACUUGGCGGCAUCCCGGUUCUUACAGAUUUCGGCCACUUACGAGACGAUGACGGCCGUAUAAAUCAGGACUGGAUCAUGCCUGAUUUGUACCGAGCUCCGGAGGUAUUAUUGCAGAUUCCCUGGACUUUUCAGGUUGAUAUGUGGUCUGUUGGUGUGAUGACGUUAGAACUUCUAGAAGGCAAAAACCUCUUUGAUCCUAUCGAUCACGUCAAUGAUCAAUAUGUUCUUCCAUUGGCAUUGGCUCAGUAUAUCGGCUAUUUUGGGCCGCCGCCACUGCACAUGAUCCAGAAUAGCCCUCUCUUUUCGACUUAUUUCGACGAGAAAGGCAACUGGAUACUAUCUGAGGCAUCGAUUCCCAAAACGUCCUUCGAAGACUUCGUCACAACUAUACCCCCAGGUGAAGAGAAAGACCUGUUUCUGAAGUUUAUACGAAAGAUGCUAGCCUGGGAUCCGGAAGCAAGGGCGACAGCAAAUGAAAUCAUUGAAGACGAAUGGCUUCAGAGACCGUUUGAUAAAAUGAUUUAG